AUAAACAUAAUUCUAUUCAUAUUAACCCUCUCAUUCACCCUAAGCAUACUCCUAACAGCACUAAACUUUUGACUAGCCCAAAUAAACCCCGACUCAGAAAAACUAUCCCCAUACGAAUGCGGAUUUGACCCUCUAGGAUCAGCCCGACUGCCCUUCUCAAUUCGUUUCUUCCUUGUUGCCAUCUUAUUCCUCCUAUUCGACCUAGAAAUCGCCCUAUUACUACCUCUACCAUGAGCCAUCCAACUAGAAUCCCCCAUCACUACCCUAGCCUGAGCCUCCCUACUUAUUCUCCUCCUCACACUAGGACUAAUCUAUGAAUGAAUCCAAGGAGGACUAGAAUGAGCAGAGUAA